AUGAUGGCGGCGCUCCAGGGAAUGGGCGGCAUGGGUGGCAUGGGCGGCAUGGGUGGCAUGGGCGGCAUGGGCGGCAUGGGCGGUAUGCCGAUGUCUUUGAUGAUGCCGCAGCUGCAGCAGCCGGCGCCAGAUGCCGACGUCGCACCCACCAGCGGCGGCGGCGGCGGCGCGCCAGAGGACGGCGCAGCGGCGGCGGCUGCCGGCCCGCCGGACGGCGGGCAUGAUGCGGGCCCCGGCGAGCGCGCGGCGGCCGCCGUUGCUGCGGCUGCGGCGGCGGCGGAGGCGGCGGGGGAGCGGGAAAACGGGGAGGAGCAGGCGGCGGCCACGCCGUCGGGCAUGGCUGUGGAUGAAGAGGAGGGCGCGGAGGGGCAGGUCGCCCCUGAGGAGCAGCAGCAGCAGCAGCAACAGCAGCGGCGGCCAAGGCAGCAGCAGGGCGGGGAGGAGAUAGAGUGCGACGAGGGGCUUGACAGCGGCGAGGGCGACGAGCAGCGGCGGGCCGGCGGCGGCGGCGCCGACGCCGAGGCAGACGGCGAGCAGCGCAACGGGGCCGCGGCGGGCGGCGACGGCGAGGGCGCCGACGGCGGCGGCCCGACGCCGCGCGCCCACAAGCGGGAGCGGUCCGGCGGGCCGGGCGACGACCAGGCGCCGCACGCUGGCGCGCUGCUCGCGCCGCACCUGCAGCCCAUGACGCCGUCCCUCAUGGGCGCGUUCAUGAACCCGAUGCUCGGCCCGAUGGGGCAGAUGCAGAUGAUGGGACCGGGCGGGCUGCAGCUCGGGAUGGGACCCAUGGGGGGCCCCAUGUUCCCCGCUAUGCUGGGCCCUAUGGGCGGCGGGCUCAUGGGCCCGGGCGACAUGGCCAUGGCGCUCGCGAUGGGCGGCGGGCCGCACGGCGGCGAAGAGGAUGAUGAGGACGAUAUGGGCGGCGGCGGUGGGGGCCGGGGGGAAAUGUACCAUGGAGGAGAGGGCGGGUCGCUCAGCCGGCUGGUGGAUCUGUCCAGUGCGGACGACGGGUACAAGUGGCGCAAGUACGGCCAGAAGACGGUCAAGGGCAACCCCAACCCCCGCAGCUACUACAAGUGCACCCACCCUCACUGCUCGGUGCGCAAGCACGUGGAGGUCUCGUCGGACGACCACUCCAAG